UUUUUUUUUUUCCCUCCCUUCAUCUCUGGUGUGCCGGAUGGAUGCGUUCUGGCGAUGAAUGUUCCAGUAGGUGCUGCUGAAAACAGUGGAUAUGGCUGAUUGCUCCGCAUGUUGCCGUUCCCAUCGAACUAAGUGAUGUUUUGCCUGAAAUCUGACCAAGACAACUAUUUGUACACCUGCAGAAUGACUUGCUGCUCGGCUAGAGGACGUGCGUCCUACCGCUGAGGGCCCCCCCAUGUGCAUGUGGAGAGAUGGAGCGUUGUAAGCACGUGGUGCGCCUUCGCCUGGGCCACGACCACUCCAUCCUCAAUCCGCAGAAAUGGCACUGCGUGGACUGCAGUACCACAGAUUCGGUGUGGGCCUGCCUCAAGUGCUCCCACGUGGCCUGCGGACGCUUCAUGGAGGAGCACUCGCUCAAACACUUUCAGGAGUCACACCACCCGCUGGCCAUGGAGGUGCGGGAGCUGGAUGUCUUCUGCUUUGCCUGCGGAGACUAUGUACUCAAUGACAACGCAGAGGGAGAUCUCAAACUCCUCCGAGGGGCCCUCUCCACCGUUCGGAGUCCCGGUACUCGCUCGCUGCGCUCCUCGGCUUGGCGGGUGUACACACACCGGGGCGGGGAGAGCGGGCCGCAGGCUCCCAUGCAGCUGGCCUUGCGUCACAGGAGGAAAACCCUCCUUGCCAAGAUGCUUCAGAGGUGGACGAGCAAACAUCAGGAGUUGCAGACGGAGCGCCAAGAGAAGCUGGAGGAGGCGAAAAGACAAAAGAAAGAGGUGAAAAGGAGACUCUUGGAAGAGCUGGGCAGCGUCCCCCCCAGGAAGAGCGCUAGGCUUCUUACUCAGGCGCCACGUUCGACCAUCACACUUAUUCCUUGUAAGUUUCGAGACCCUCCGGAACGCCUACCUCCUCCAAAGAAGCCUUCCCUCCUCUCCUUGUCACGAAAGCCCCCACCGAACGGCAGAGCUGCAAAACUGAGACGGUACUACUCAGCCCACUCGGCGACCCGCCGUCGGCUCGCUCCAGGUGUCACCGGUCUGCGUAACCUGGGGAACACGUGCUACAUGAACUCCAUCUUGCAAGUGCUGAGUCACCUGCAGAAAUUCAGGGAGUGUUUUCUCACUUUGGACCUGUGCGAGACCGAGGAGCUGCUGGCCAAGACAAACCACUCGCACGGGAUGAAGGCAGUGGCCGGAAGCGUGGUCAGCAGCGGUAACACGCCGCUGACCUCAUGUCCCCUUGGACGCGUGGGAAAUCUGACGGCGGGCAAAAAGGAAAGCGUCCCGCCCAAGCCGCAGACUGCCGAGUUGGUCCAGCCCAAGGAGCCUCGUUGCUCCACCCGCCAGCAGAUGUCUCUGUGCCAUGAGUUGCAUACACUUUUCAGGGUCAUGUGGUCAGGCCGCUGGUCAUUGGUGUCUCCCUUUGCAAUGCUGCACUCCGUGUGGAACCUCAUCCCGGCUUUCCGCGGCUAUGACCAGCAGGACGCGCAGGAGUUCCUGUGCGAGCUGCUGGACAAGGUGCAGCAGGAGCUGGACACGGAGGGCUCCAAACGCCGGAUCGUCAUCCCCAUUACCAAGAGGAAGCUUUCCAAACAAGUGCUCAAGGUGCUGAACACCAUCUUUCACGGGCAGCUACUCAGCCAGGUGACGUGUCUGUCCUGCAAGCACAAGUCAAACACAGUCGAGCCAUUCUGGGACUUAUCUUUGGAGUUUCCCGAGCGCUACCACAGCGUCAACAAAGGCUCCGGCUCCACAGCCUACCAGCGCAGCUGCACCCUCACCGAAAUGCUGUCCAAGUUCACCGAGAUGGAAGCGCUUGAAGGGAGCAUUUAUGCCUGCAACCACUGCAACAAAAGAAGAAGGAAAACAUCCCACAAGCCUUUAGUUCUUUCAGAAGCCCAUAAGCAGCUUCUGAUCUACCGUUUACCUCAGGUUCUACGGCUGCACCUCAAGCGCUUCAGGUGGUCGGGGAGGAACCAUCGGGAGAAAAUCGGCGUCCACGUGGCCUUCGACCAGGUUCUGAGCAUCAAACCCUACUGCUGCACGGGCUCAGGUCACUCUGUCCACAGAGGGGGCUACACCUACGACCUGUCGGCCGUGGUGAUGCACCACGGCAAAGGCUUUGGCUCAGGGCACUACACCGCAUACUGCUACAACACAGAAGGAGGUUUCUGGGUCCACUGCAAUGACUCUGAGAUGAAGGUUUGCAGUGUGGAGGAAGUGUGCAACACUCAGGCCUACAUUCUCUUCUACACACAGAGGUCUGCUUAGGGACUUCUCGCUGUGAGCCUGAUUUGCAUUUAUGGAAUAGUUUAGCACCCAGAUGUCACCAAACAGUCACUUGAAAAUAGCAAUAGGGACUAAUGUUUACAUUGUGUUCCCGGCGGCCACAACAAUCACGUUUCAGGGCACCGCGGGCAAAACGGGACGGAUGUGACAGAAUGUGGUGCGAUAAGAUCGGCGAACGUGACAAACCGUGAUUGCUGUGGAUGCCUUGCCAGUUUUUUUACAGCGUCAAACAAAUUUGCCACAGCGAUCACGAUGUGGAUGGGAAACCUAGUUAGCCUUAGUAAAAUGGGGUGAUCCCAACAAAAUGUGGCAGCACAUAAUUGGGCGUCACGAAACUUAGUGGGACGGGAAGCAAAUGUAUUUUACCAGCAUCCCACGGUCCUUUCAAGUUUUCUCACGUUCUGCCGCGAUUGAUGCACGUUUUGCCGUGUUUCGUCACAGCUCUCACGGCAAUAUAUAGGCUGUACGGUAGCCGUGGCCACCGGGGGCAUCGUGUAAACGUAGCAUAAACUGACAAAUGUCCUAACUGGAGUUGCACAGACCUCCGCCAACGUCUACAGAAAUUGACGAGCACUCUUCUUGCUGGGUUUUAUUUAGAUUUUUUGGUGUCCGUCCAUUUUGGACUCGUUACACAGCAGAAAGACUAAAUGCGUUUCUUUAAAGGUCCCCUCCCAUCAGAAUCAAUUUGUCCCCAAUGUUUUAUACAUAACAUAGGCUACGCGGUUUGUCGAUUGAAUGCGGUAGCCUUUGCACACCAAAACCACUUGCAAAUGACAAGAAUUUGAAAUCGCUGAUGCUGUGAUGGAGUUUUGGCAAUUCAUAUUCAAGGACUUGCCCCACUUCAUGGUUCGUACUCCCCCACUCAACCUAGCCGAACGGCAACACGGCAUUUCUGGGUUUUUGAGCGAGCGAGUCUCAGCCCUACAAAUACAGUCUAUAAGUAUACACGCAGUAUGUUGUCUUUAACUUCACUAUAGUUCUAAUGUUCAAUGUAAGUGCGGUGGAAGAAAUAGCGAAGCUUGCAUUCAUUGUCGACAGCGAUGAUCGUCGCGGCAGGUUCACGUCAUAUGAAUGGGGGCGGGUGACAAGCUCAAAAUGUCCCCUCACUUUUUAUUUUCACCCACAUUCCCCCGGAAUGGGCCAACCUUCCAACGCUUGCUAUAUUGUGCUUCACAAUGAUUCAUACACACUGAACACACAUUCGCUUCAUUUGCGCCACAUUCAUACCCUUCUCCCAACUCGGUCCUCUUCAGCGGCUCGCGAGAGUGUGCUGUACGCGACCGCAGAUGGCGGCCGUCGCCAAUACGGAAGAAGGAGAGAUGAUCUAUCCAAUUAGAGCAAAGAUCAUGUAUAUGUCGCAUCGUAAUUAGAAAUCUGACCGUCCCAAAUGCCAGGCAAAAAGACCAACUAGAAGGACUUGACAAGGGACAUUUUGGGCAUCAGAAAAGAUGGGAGGGGACAUUUUUCAUCAGUUUCUCUUUCUGCAUUUUGAUUCAGAUUACCUCCAAAAUGUACAAAGGACUAUUUAGGGCCACACGCAAAAGAAAAAUAAUAACACAAGAAUAAAGUCAUGCAAUUAUGAGAAAACAUUGUUAUGAAGUAAAGUUGAACUUGUUGCCCUGUCAUGAGUCAUCACAGCGAGUGACUAGCAUGAUUUGGAAUACUACAAGUCCUAAUUUUACAAGACAACAACUUUACUACUGUCAUUUUAAAGCUUUAUAUUCAUAUCUGUAUCCCUUUAACCCCCCACAUACAGUAAUUAAACUUUUUUGGGGUUGCAGUCUGGCUCUUAUAGUCCUCCGUAAUAAAAAUCUACACGUGUGCCACCAGUCCACAAAGCCAUGUUAAUUUUUUGAUUUAGAUUUUUUGGCUUUAGUAAUCCCAACGAUUGAAACGCUAGUUAGCACUUGGCGGAGGUAAUUAGCCACUGUGAUUUGAACCUCAUUUGCUUGUGUCCGCAAAGAAACUUCAUAAAUGAAGCGACAGUUUUGUCCGCCAGUGGCACCAGCAGACUGUGCGCGUGGGUUCGAUUCUGCCCUGCUGAACAUCCAGUGAUGUGUUUGCUUUUAAGAAGGAGAAGGAAAACAAUUUAAAAAAUAAAAAAUUGCUAAUUUGUGUUGAGUCUGAGAAACAAGCAGGCAAACUGCAUUUUACAUAUAACAAAGUACAACACAGAUUCUGGAUUUCAGGAUUUUGUUUAAAAUUCUUUUUUAUCCUUAGAGCUGUUGUUUUAUUUUGUAGCUUUACGUAUGACAAGAGCGGGGAUCAACUCUCCUCAAAAUGGACCAGCUUACUUGAAAGAGUCGGAGAAGUCCAGACUGUGUUACAUCGGUUUCUGCUUUUUAUUUUUUAUUUUUAAAUUGUAUUGUUAUUAUUGUAAAAUGUCACUUUUCCGACUCAUUCCUGUGUACUUCAUGAUGUCGUCUCCCGACUUUUAUGUUCUCUCAGUUGAGUUCAUUCUGUGUUCGGCAGCCAUAAAGGAAGCGAAAAGAACACUUGGACUGACGAGUGACGGAGGCUUUUUGAAGUGGGGGUUUGGGGGGGUCGCGUCGCUGGUCCUAGCUUUGUAAUUGUUCAUCUUUCUUUGCUCCUGUAUUGUUUCUACAUGGCAGCUCCCAGACAAGAACUCCUUCACUCUCUCCCACUUUGAGUCCUUGUGUAGACGAGGCCGGCGAUGGAAACAAGCCACUGCAGAAGUGAUGAAUGUUUUGGUUUCGUUUUUUUAUUUUUUUGUUCUUUUCAAGAGACAUUUGGUACCUUACGUUUUAGCACCUCAAAGCAAUAUAUUGUAAAUCUUAAACCUUGAAAGGAAUUUAAGAUCAAAUCAGGAAAAUGGUUUUUUUUUUUUUCUACUCUGCUGUUUCUAUCAAAGUCUCUAGAAUUUGCUAGCUAAUCGAGAAGAAACACUUGUUUGAUACGAGUCAAAUCCACACUCCAUUUGUCAACUCCAAGUCGGAAACAAUCUUAAUGACGAUGAAUGUUCUACUGCUUAGAGGUCAGGUGAGUUCUGUUGUGUACUGUAAGAAUACAUGUCAUCAAUGUAAAGGUCAUAUGGGUUUGCCUGACAGUAAUUAUUAAAAACAUG